AUGGGAAGGGGUGAGGGGUGCGGGGGGGAAGCUGUGCAGCCACGUGGGGCGGCAGGACCCGGCUCCUCUGCCCCAGCACCCGCAGGUGCCACAGCACCCGCCGCCCACGGCUUCCCGUCCCCGCCACGGGGGUCACCUCCCUCCUCCCUGUCCCUUGUCCCCUGUCCCCGCUGCCCUUUGCCCCAGGCCUUUCCCAGCUCCGGGAAGGCCCGGGCCCCGUGCCAGGCACAGGGAGGUGACCCCUGCCCUCGCCCUCAGGCUGGCCCGCGGUGGCACCCGCUGCUGCUGGCGCUGGCGGGGCCGGUGGCCGCCGGGGACCCCGCGGGGGCCCGCAGCGACCGGGCGGUGGGCACCCUGGUGGGGGUCCUGCUGUGCCUGGUGCUGUGCCUGGCGCUGGCCUGGCACCACCUGUGCCGCCUCUCGGCCGGCCAGUACCACCCUUGGCCGCUGGGCCGCCGGGCCCUGGCGCUGCUGCGGGGACGGUGGCAGCGGCUGCGGGCGCUGGGGGACCCCGCCGAGGCACCCGGGGACGCCGACACGGAGGUGGCCGGGAGGGACGAGGAAGAGGAGCUGAUGCCGUGGAGCCUGGAGAGGAGGCUGGAGCGGGAGGAGGAGGAGGAGGAGGAAGAGCAGGAGGCGGCGAAUGAAGAGGAGGAUGAGCAGGAGGCCGAGGCAUCCCUGGCCCUGGAGGGUGGAGAGAGCCCCCCGAGCGCGGGGCAGGGGGCGGGGGGCAGCGCCGAGGCCUUGCUCAGUGACCUGCGCCCCUUCUCGGGGACGGCGGCCUGGGAGGACACGCGGCCAAACGUCACCGCCUUGUGAUGUCACCCCGUGAUGUCACCCCGUGAUGUCACCCCGCGUCCCCACUGCCGUGAGAUGUCACCGCCCUGUGAUGCCACUGCCCUGUGAUGUUGCCGCCCUGCCGAGUCAGCACCGCCCCACGACGUCACCAUCUUGUGAUAACACCACCGCCCUGCGAUGUCACCACCGUGUGAAGUCACCACCGCCCCGUGACGUCACCGCCCUGCGACAUCACGUCCUUGUCCUGCGAUGUCAUCACCCUCUGACGUCACCUCGACACCCCUCCCACGUGAUGUCACCGCCCUGUGAUGUCACGUCGUUCUGACACCCCUGUCCUGCGAUGUCACCCCCCCCCGGGAUGUCACCUCCUCGCGAUGUCACCGCCCUGCCAGCAGAGGGACCCCUCCUCUGCCCCCAGCAGAGGCUCCUGAUUGGCUGUGCGGGCCUGGGCACCGGCCAAUAAAGAGCAGCUCUGACCAGUU